AUGUUGGCCGCCUGGAGCAAGCCAGAGAUUCGACUCGAAGAAUACAACGGCCUCCGCCCGUCAUUCUGGAACACCCCCAAGUUCCUGAAGCUUCUUCUAUCUACGACGUGCCCGUGGGAUGGUCCAGAGUUCGUAGAGGUAUAUCAGUCUAUCGCUCGGCUGCUAGAUUGCCUCAGACCAGACAUCACCGCGGUAGAUCCUGCCUUUUCACCGGCACUCACAGCUUGCCACAAGCUUGGGGUUCACUAUUUGAUACUCGCGCCCAACACUAUCAAGGACUUUUCCAUGCAGUUUCAGUCCGGAGGACAGGCUCUGUGGAAGUAUCCAGCACCCCUGGACAGCUUGGCAUCUGCACUCCCAUACCCGAUCCCAUGGUAUCUGGUGCCACUCAACAUAUACUUCAUCCUAUAUAUAGUGGUCUACAUGACGUUGUUCAACCCCACGAAAGCCUUGGCAAAAUACGUCCGGACCCAUACAGGUGCCGAGCUGAUUACCCUGAGCCACCUCAACCGGGAGCCGCCGCCGGGAGUCAAAUACCUCGUCGCCAACCGUCCCGAGAUCGAGUUCCCCGUCCAGAUCCCAGCGCACGUAUUCCCGUGUGGCCCGAUUGUGCGACCGGCGCCGACGGCAUCCGAGGUCGAUCCCGACCUGGCAUCAUGGCUGGCCAAGGGGCCUACGGUCUACUUGAACCUAGGCACGCAAGUCCAAACAACAGAAUGGGAUGCACUUGAGAUCGCCAGGGCCUUGAAGAAAUUAUUCACAAAGGCCGAGUCUCACAAGGAUCCUCGCAUGAGGGAUUUGCAGGUAUUGUGGAAGCUCACCAAGCGAGGCAACUACGCAGUGGAGCCUGGCUCGAGGGUGCAUGGUAUCCUUGGCGACUUCAUCGAUCAGGAUCGGGUCCGCAUUCUGCCGUGGCUGACCCCGGAGCCGUCUGCCAUCUUGGCCGAAAGAAACGUUCUAUGUAGCGUACAUCAUGGUGGAGCCAACUCGUUCCACGAGGCAGCGAGUGCUGGCGUUCCACAUGUAGUGCUUCCGGUCUGGAUCGACUGCUUUGAUUUCGCCAACCGUGCUGAGAUGCUAGGGAUAGGGGUCUGGGGCAACAAGUCUACGGUUCCCAUGAAUUCUGCCCGUGAACUAGGGCCAGCUUUGAUCGAGGUGGUUCUUGGAGAUCGUGCCGACUUCAUGAGAAGCCGUGCAAAGGACCUUGCGGAGAUGUGCAACGAGGAUGGCGGGGGCCGCUACGUCGCUGCGAAAAUCAUCAUGGGAGAGAUUGGCACUUGA